CGCUGCGUGGGGCCAGGUGCCUGUGCCGGCCCCUCGCGCCCGGCCCCACCUUCGCCGGUUAAACAGGUUUGAAGUCCGGGGCAGAGAGGCCGCGGCGGCGGCGCCAGGGCUCCCACCGCCCCCCGGCCCUCUCCGCACGGCAGGGCGAGGCCCGCAGGGAUGGGCUCCCCCUCCUAGUCCCCACCCGCCGCCCCGAAACGCGGGAGAAACCCCCGAAACGCCAUGGCCGCGGCCGUCCCCGCGCUGCCCGCCGAGGAGGUGGCCUUGCUGGAGCUGGGGCCGGCGGCCGCCCCCCCGGACAAGGCGCCCGCCGGCCGCGACGAGCCGCCCGGGGAGCCCGAUGCCACCCUGCCGUGGGACCAGCGAGGCGCCCGGGGCCAGCCGGAGCCCGCCGAGGCCAAGAGGCGCUCGAGCCCCGAGGGGGGCCGCGAAGACCCCGAGGAGGCCGCCCCGGCCGGCCCCCCCGGCGAGGCCGAAGAUGAGGAGCCCCGCGGGCCGCCCGUGGUGGCCGCCCACGUCUUCGUGCCCGUCGACCCGCAGUGCAUCGAGCGGAAGCGGCAGCCGGCCCCGCGGCCCCGGGAGCAGGGCGAGGGGGGCUACGCGGCCCCCCGAGCCGACGGCCUCCGCCCCAAGCAGGUCUUCGUCCCCCUCGGCUACCGGGACGCCCGGGGCUACGAGGGGCCGGCGGCCGAGGCGUCCCGGUGCCCCUGCGCCGUGAAUUGCAGCUCCGACGGCCUCAGGUCCGUGGCGUCCGUGGUGGGGGCCCUGCUGCUGUGCCCCUGCCUCGUCUACGGCGCCUACGUCUUCCUGCCCUUCGACGCCCCGCUCCUGCCCACCCUCGGCGCCCGCCUGGUCUACACGCUCCGCUGCGCCGCCUUCGCCACCUUCCCCGUCGUCCUCGGGAUCAUCGUCCACGGCAUCUCCUGCCUCUGCUCCUCCUCGCUGGAGCCCUUUGGCGAGCCGCAGCCGGAGGUGGAGAUCCACCGCGCCUACGUCUCCCAGUCCGUCCACCUCUUCAUCCUCUACUUCUUCAACAUGGCCGUGCUGGCCACCUACCUCCCGCAGGAGGCCCUGAAACUCGUCCCCCUGCUCACGGGGCUCUUCGCCAUCUCCCGGCUGAUCUACUGGCUCUUGUACGCCGUCGGGCACUCCUUCCGCGCCUUCGGCUUCAGCAUGACCUUCCUGCCCCUCCUGGCCAUGCUGCUCUACAACCUGUACGGCAUGUUCGUCCUGGAGCCCGAAAACCUCCUCGCCGUGGCGGGCGCCAAGGCCGAGGGUGCCUCCAAGGAGAGCGGGAGCAAGCUCCGAUUCUGGGGGUGAGAGGGGCCGCGGGGUGCUCAGCUGCAGCCCCCGGGGCGCAGAGGGGCCGAGUCCUCCUCGCGCCGGGCAGACGCCCCGGGAUGAGCCCCGGCGGUGGACGGGGACAGGCGGAUCCGGCCGUGUCCCUGCUCGGAGCCGGCGCCAUCCCGCGGGAUGCCGAGGGCUGGGCUGGGACUUUCCCGCAGGAGUGCGAACAGGGGACCCACAGCAAGUCCCAGCAAGCAGCGGGACCCGUUUCACGGGGACGGGGCGGUGGAAGGGACCCAAAGCCCUUGCUGGAGCCGGCUUUGCCUAAUAAAACCCUUCACCCGA